GGUUCAAACUCCUCCCCCAAAAUCCAAUCCCCAAUCCGCGCCGCCCCCAUUCGUCUCCCCUUCUUUUCAAAUCCCCUCUCCUCUCCUCUCUCCUCGCCGCCACCGCCUACCUACCUCCGCCGCAGGAAGCUUCCAGAAGGUUCCGGGAGGCCGCGGCGGAGAGGCUUCAGGGGUACAGGUUGAGGGAGAGGAAGGUAUGGUUUGGUGAGUCACAGGAAGGGAUGCGGAGCUAGAAGAUUGGAGGCUACAAUGGCUCAAGCCGCUGUUCAAUCUUCUCUGAAUGGUGACUUGUUGAUUGGGAGGGCCGCGGGAGUUCCGAGGAUGAAGAGGAAGACCCCCUCUGAACUCAGAGGAGAGCAAUUGAAGCGGCGUGCUUCUGACAAGCCUGCUAAUGACCAAUCACUCCAUUCUGCGGCAUUUGAUAGGGCAAGCAAUGGGUUUCGGAACCCAGAGCAAUCAAAAAUAUCGAAAUACAUCAGUACUCGUGUUACAGAGGUGUUCCCAGUAAAAAAAUCUAGAAACCUUGGAAAGGAAAACUUCAAGGAUGCUUUGCAGAAUAAUGAGAAGGCUCCCAAGUCUGCUGAUGCUGUGACAACUUCUGAUUUUGCAUCACCUUCACUCCCAUGUGGUUAUGGUGACUCUGCUAAGUUGGACUCUGCUGUUCCAUCACAUACUGAGGCAGCUAAACCAAGUUUUAGGAAAGUUGAGAAAUGCAGUGAAAAUGCUUUGCGGAGUGUAUCUGAGCUCCAUAUUGGUGAUGAGCAGCAGUCUGGCACUAAUAAAUUUGAUAUGGAAAAAGUACUCAAAGGUUUUGGAGCUCGUGAUGCUUUUGUGGCCUCUAAGCUCACUGACCCAAACAUACAAGUUGGUGUUGUACCCUCGAAAUCUUUGGAUUUGUGCCCUUCUGAGAUCGCUGUUCCAGGAAAAAGAGCUCCUUUGGAUCUCACCCUGAAGACUACUUUGCAAUUUGUUUCAUCAUCUUCUGUAAAGUGGUGUCACAAGAUAAGUACAAGUUUUGGUAGGAGCAGCAUUGUAGGACCCAUUGCCCAAAGUUAUCAUCAUGGGUGUCAAAAUUCAGGAUGCUCAAGGCCUGAGAGAAACAAGGAAUUCUUGUUCUCAAAGGCACUACAAUCAUGGGUAUAUCCACAAUCCUUGUUGCCUGCUUCCAUCAUAUCUGCAAUGGUAUCAUCAACUGUACGAGGAGAAAGUGAUUUUCUCCUCAAAAGGCAUCAGGACUGGGAAGAUUCAUUUCAGAAUCUUUACUACAUGCUCCGGAAGAAUCUGUUGAAUAUUUUUUAUGUUUAUACGCCACAAUUUGUUGCUCUCUUCAUCGGUGGAAAUUGUUUGGACAAGAAGCAGACCUGUAAUGCGUACCUAUCACAAUCAACACGUGGGAUACGAUCAUUGCUGCGAAGACAUGGUGUUUGUUUUUCUAUGCCUCUUUGCAACACUGAAGUGGAGCAGGUUACAGAGGAUGACCUGAUUGAACUUUCAGAAAUCCAAAAGCGCAAUCUAGGCCAGGCGCUCCACAUUGACGCUAUGUCUGAAGUCGACAACACCACACAAUCGCUUCUUUCAUUUGUGGGCAAUAAGAGUGUUCAUGGUUUAUAUGACUUCUUGUUGAACUACAAGUCAUUCUUAAAUUCUCUAUCUGCCACAGAUAUCCCGGUGUUAUAUUCCCCGGUGCCGUUUCAAAAUGGCUGCCUCCAUAUUCCAGAGGUGAAAUGCAAGGAGAUGAGGAAGGCAGAUAUAGGCCUGGUUUCAGGUGGGUUUGAUGCAGGAGAGCCUGGAUCUACUUUCGCUUCUUUAACGGGCAAUAUCUGCUAUAGCAUGGAAAUAAAGGAUCCCGUACUUCCUCCAUGGGUUGUUUCUGGAAUCUGCGCUGCAAUGAGCUCUGAUGCAAAUAGCUUCGAUUUAAUGAUGGCAACAGAGCCUUCGUCGAUGGGCUUAAACGCUGCCUUGAGCUGCGUAAGCUCAAAUUCCCAGUCCAAGGCACAUUCCUCUGAAGGCUGUGAAUCAUUGGGCAUCCCUGAGGCCACAUUGGUUCCCUCCUUGCGAUCUGCAUCUUCUCUGCGGCGCCUCAGCUACAAGGAUGGCGAGUACAUCGCAUACACAACGGUGUGAGCUACAACGCAACACCUCGAAGCCAUAGCUGGGAAGCAAGACAAGUACUCCUAUUCCAGUCAAGUGCAGCCACUUUUGAUGUUCUACGACUACCAAUGGGGGUUCUAUCUGGUUGAGCUCCUCCCGUCAAGAAGCCUCAAUGCCUCGUCCAUGAGACAAGCAAGGCAGGCAGGCAGAGAAGCUGUUAGCUGCUGCUGGUUUUGUGGUUUUUUUUGCAAGGCAAUGUGUCCAGUAUCUGGAAUCAUCUAACUGUUUUUGGGUGAGCCUGUAGAUUAUCUACAGGACAAUGAGCUGCUCUUGAAUGGUGCAGUAAUUUAUGGGAUUGUACAGUGUAUUUGAUGCCC